AUACACACGACCGUUAGAAUCAGCCCCUCGCGAUUUUAUUGUUCCAAGUCAGUUUAGUUCAUUCUCAGUGUUAACAGUGGCAACAGCAGCAGUGUGCAGCUGAACUAGCCGCGAAGAUGAUCCGUUAUCGGUUGACCUUGUUGAUUGCACUAGGUGUAGCAUCAAUAGCACCGACUGGACACGGUCAGCAGGAAACCGACUUCGACGACAAAAGCUGCGGUCGGCAACAUGCGCAGAUCGAUGGAUUGAUCAAGGGAGGCUACAAAGCCCGACCCGGAGAGUUCCCGUGGCAUGUGGCUCUGUUUCACCGGAUCGGGUCGAGUGAUCAAUUCGAGUACCAGUGUGGGGGAACGCUUGUGCACAAGUAUCUGGUGGUGACCGCGGCCCACUGUGUCACGCAACGAGCAAGCCGAAAGCACAAGGUACUGGCGGAUGUUUUGGUGAAGGUUGGUCGUUUCAACAUAUCGGAAGAACGCGAAGAUCAGGGACGGGACCACGAGGUGGGUAAAAUUGUGACCCAUCGAAGCUACAAGCCACUGACGUACGAGAACGACUUGGCGAUCAUAAAACUGGCGGUUCCGGCGAUCUUCACGCCGUACGUUCAGCCGGCUUGCCUGUGGAAGCGGGACGAUAGUAUACCACUGCCAGAUUGGCGCAGACAGUCCGGCACCGUCGUUGGAUGGGGAUUGAAGGAUGAUAACAAAAUUGCGACAACAUUGAAUACAGCCCAUAUGCCGGUGGUGGAUAUGCACGAGUGUCUGGCAAGCGAUCGGGCCUUCUUUGGCCAUCUCCUUAACGCCAGGUCGUUCUGUGCGGGUCACAAGAACGGUACCGGGGUGUGCAAUGGGGAUAGCGGUGGAGGAAUGUUCUUUACACACGAGAAUCAGUGGUACCUGCGGGGUGUAGUAUCUUAUAGUAACACGCUGGAUUCGACCGGGAUCUGCAAUCUGAAGCAAUACGUGGGUUUCACCGAUGCUGGACAGUAUCUGGACUGGAUCUACGAGAAUGCGCCCAUCAACGAGAACAGUGAUCCGAUUCUCGGCCAUCCAAGCAUUCGUCUUAUCAAUCAAGGUAACUGCGGAAAGAACGAACAAAUAUUCGGUUACGCGGAGGACAGGAAGCCUAUCAUCCAGCAGUAUCCGUGGAUGGUGCAACUGCGUCAUCCCUUUGCAAGCCAUGAUUACGUCCAAUGUAAUGGGGUGUUGAUUAAUAAAAAUUACAUUUUAACCACCGCGACAUGCUAUAUCGAUUGGAACGACGACGUGUUGGUCACUCUGGGAGACUACAUCACCGGCCAGGUGAAGGACUGUGCACCACGUAAUGGGGCAGAGUUUUGUACGAGCCCGGUGCAGACCACAUCGAUCGCCGAGUAUACCCAAAAGGGUAAACUAGUUUUGGCGCGAUUGUCGUCUCCGGCUGUCAUAGGACGAAGGCAGCACAUCGAGGCGAUCUGUCUCCCCACCACGCCUGAACAACGCGAUCGGCUCUAUACAAAGUAUAUUCUAACCGGGUGGAAGGAGUCCGGCAAUGAUUCCCACUAUAUGCAACGCGCGAUAUUGGAUUUGAUACCCGAGGCACGGUGUCGGGAAGAGAUGGCCAAAUACGAGUACGCCACGGAAGAGCAGAAAAACCUCAACGAUACGAUAAUUUGUGUGCGAAAUUUGAACAACCCGAACCGUAGUCCUCAGUGUGAGGAUUACCAACCCGGCACAGCAAUCCAGGCUAUCGAAAAGAAGUCCAAUCGGUACUAUUUGUAUGGAUUGCAAACCGAUAUUUCCUAUUGUGUGAAACCGGAGACGUUCGCUGCGGUUACGAAAUACAUGGAGUGGAUAUUGGACAAUAUGAAACCUUAGACCAUUGCGGUAGUUUUUUAUGAAUAAACUUCAUGUUGGAAUCUAUACUUAUUUUUGAUUUAAGUUAUUGUUGGUUAAUGUGAAAUAGCAAUAGGUUUUGAGGCGCUCUCUAAUUUUUUUUUUUAGAAAUUAGUAGUACAUAAAGUGGUAGCUACCCAAAGCUGUAAUUUUUAUUACAAUUAUGACUAAUUACAAUUACGCCUAAUUUUUUUCAAAAGAGCGCAUCCAAAAUAACUGACCUUUUUCCAAAAGAAUUGUAACUCGAAAUACUACGGCUAUCUGAAUAAAAUAUGAUGUUGAACCAA